GAUUUCUCAGUUCAUGACCCCUUUAAAUUCCACAUAAGGAAAGAGAAUCACAGGAAAUUAUGACGAUUUUCAUUAUGAGGUGAACUAUUCCUUUAAAGGGAGUGAGUUUGAUAGUGAAGAACAAGAAAGCACUACAUAUUUCAGAGUUCAUCUCCUGACUGCUUUUAACAUUUAGCAAAAUGCAGCAUAUUUUUUUUAUUUGCCAAGAUUUGCAUAGUUUGUAAACUAUGCAAACAGAAAAUGUUAAUGGCUAUAAUAUCUAAACCUUUCUCUCUUUCUCUCUUAUCCUGUCUUCCCACGCACCCCUGUUUUUUAAUGCAUGUUCGUUAAUCCUGCCGGUUAUUCACCCAGAUGUUUCAGCCCAUCAUUUUAUUCAUCCUCAUUCUAGUGUUGUUCUCCUCACUCUCUUAUGCCACCAUUUUUAAACUUGUAUUUCUUUUCACCCUCUUUUUUGUCCUGUGACCGCCAUCCGUCCACUCAUUAGCAUAGUCUCGCCCCUUUGUUUUCUUUGUUUGUCAAUGUUGUGUAUGUCACCAUGGUUGAAGAAUCACAGGACGGUCACUUUCCAAGCACAGACAGCACGCUUAAGCACAGAAUUCUGCAAAACCUUAAUUUCCAAAAAGCUGGAGACUGUUUUAUCCAAGUCACAUAUGUAUGGCUGCCAUUGGAAGGUACAUCAAGACAAGAGAUUUCUUUUUUUUUUUGCAACUAAAAACUAUUACACAACAUAAUAAAACACUGAGCCACUGGAAACUACAUUACCCAGAAGACAUUUCUUGAAUUGAGGACUAUGGCUAUCAGGCACACUGACGCUUGCUUUGCCACCAAAAGGCUUGCAAUGAAAUAUGCAACUGCAGUUUACUACUAAGGGGCACAUUACCACAUUACCCAGAGUGCCUGCCAAUGCACUCUAAAGAUACUGUACAUCGGCUGGAAUGAUUACCUGUCAGAAACAUGCAAAGAGGUGUUGGUGGACUUGCCAAUGUGGCCACUCCAGUGACCUUUCAGGAAUUGCAGCGUAAGAUUCUGAGCACAGGCACACAUACACAGAAGAAUGGCUGCAUUGGAAUUACACUGUGGGCCGGAGCCUGGGAGUUGUGUGUGGGGUGGAGACAGAGCUGACCUGCUUGACAGUUUUGACUCCGAGAUGCAGGAAUGGGAAGAUCAGCUACAGGACAUGCAGAGGAAGAUUGAAGAGUUGUAUAAUGAGGUCAAAGCACGAAGAGAAGCCAGCGAGAGCAGCACAAACAACAUCACAAACAAUAAAAACCUGGACAUUACUUUGCUUCCUGUCAACUCUCAGUAUAGCCACCAGGCCAAUUGUUAUCACGAACCUCACCCCAACAACAGCCUCCCAAUUUGUCAAUGCAGUGAAAUAAAAGCAGAUCCUUCAGUUAUGCAAAGCCUUGGGUUUCACCACCCCAGUGAAUACUGUAAUGGCUCCAACAAUUACAUGCUUAAUUCCCUGAGCAACGGCAGCCAUUACCCUGCCAGUUGUCAUGCUUUUGAAAGGCAAGAUGCCACCGUAGACAUACUCAAUGGAUACCUCCAACAGGGUCCACAUUUUAGAAGGAACCCAGGGAAUCUUGGAGCUCCAAAUAGAAACCCCAAGGUAUAUCCAGUUACACACAGUUAUCAAGACAGCAUGAAGACCAGCCUGGCGACAAACAGGACUGCCUCGUGUGUGGUUCUGGGUGAGAUUGAGGAGGCUGAGAACAAAAAGAACAAGAAAUCAAGUUGGGAUGACUCCCAAGCCCGCCACGUUAGCUGGAAAGACCCGGUUUCAUCAAAUGACCUUCCCCCUAAAAAUUCAGCUUCCAAACUGGCAAUCAGACAGAGAGAUUCUUCUCCUGUAACCCCUCGUUUCACUUACCAUGAGUCAUCACAGCAACCUGACAGGAAGUGCCUCUUGCUUGACAGGAAAUCUGGCAGCCCAUCAGUGUUGCGUAAGUUUGGUGCCAUGUUGCAGGAGAACGAGGGAAAAACCCUGAUAGAGGAUGGUCUCAUGACCACCGUUGUCACCACUGAACCUCCGAGGCAAACCAGCACUCCCAUUUGCCAGAGCAAGUUUGAUGCCAGGCAGGCAUCCUCACGCACGCACGUCCAGAAAUGCCUUGCAGACUGUGAUGUACUGGUAGCAGAUCUGGAGCACAGCCAGGAGUCUUGGGCAGCUGGUCCUUCUAGACACCUCCUCAAUGGAGACAGAGACAGUGGGAGGGGUGGUUGUGUUCUUGAACAGCAUGGCUUGGCCUGUAACUUAAGCCAGUCACAGCCUCACCUUAAUUCGGGGUAUCACAAGGUGGCUUCAAUGUCUAAAGCCCACAAAGCGGGCUUCCAGAGUAAGGACCUUUUCUCUGACUGCCCGAUGGUAGAAAGGAUUCUGGGAGUAGGAUCUCAAAACUUCAAUAAGGUACACAGAGGACUUGGUGUCAAAAUGAUGAGACGGGGAAAUGACAACUUGGAGCAACUUCUGGAAGUGAUGGAAAUGGAGAACAACAGAAGUCAGAGGGCCACAUUCACCCAGCAACUGGACAACAAGCAGGUCAACCGGGAGUCAUCUCCUGCGCCUAGCAGUAGCCAUUUUUCUCGUCCUGCUCGACCAGCCAAUCAACGUCGUCCAUCCAGAUGGGUUAAGCAUACUCACCCAAGCAAAAUUGCCCACACAUCCGGCCCAACAAGCCCUGGCCUGAACGCCAAACAAUUAUUGAAUUCAUAUUCCCGGCACACAGAAACUGUCAUCAUGUGACCAGGAUGCAACAAGCUUUAAAGGACACUUUCACCCAAUGGCAUAAACUAAACUUUGACCUUUUGUAGAACACAAUCUACUUUUUUGUAUAUAUAACCAACACCACCACAUGAACGUAACUUAUUGCAGCCUACUAAAAUGGCCUGUGGUAUUUUCCUUAAAUAACUUCAAAAGGUUACUGCUUUCAUUUAACGCUGCGCUGUUUGAAGUGCUUUGGAAAGAAACUCCAGUGGACCUUCUCUAACCUGGUGAACUUCUGUGCCUAUGAACCCUUCAUUGCCUUUUCUCUUCAUUUCUUUCUGUCAUUCUCAUUAAAUUUUCUAUUCUUUUAUUCUGUUUUCUAUUUCCCAGAGUGCUUUGUGUACAGUGCAGUUCUUGCGGUGCCAUUUAGGACAUUUUUGUAACCAUAUAUGCAUGUUUGCAACAGGCAUAACAUGUAUUUAAACAUACAUGGCAACGAGUUAUUGAGCCUUAUCUAUUAUGCAUAAACUGUAAAGGCGUGUGCAAACGUUUUGAUGUUCUGUCAUAAAGUCCAUUUCAGUAUUGCAUUAGUGCUUCAUAAUAUUGACAUGAUAACGGGCUCAUAAUGUUUUUUUUCCUUAUAAAGCCUUAUUUGACUGCACCUGACGUGGGCUGUAACUACUCGGUGUAUGGUAACAUGUCUGCAUUCUCCAGCCUUGUAAAAAAAAAAAAAAGCCAAAUGAAGUGAAUUAUUCUUUAAGUUCAACAUCUGUGAAAAGUACAUUAUAUCUUUUGACAAUAAUAUGAAGAAAUGCUUUUGGAAUGUUUAUUUAUUAUUGUGAUAUGUGACCCUUACAAA